AUUUGGAAAUAAGGAAACUUCCAAGACGGAGAGGAAGAAGAGGUUUGCCGAGUAUUCUACAACAGUUAGGAGGAGGAAGGAAGAGAUGGAGGUAACAACCGACGAGGUUUUGCCGGAGGUUAACGCCUCCGCGGUAACGGAUAAUCUUGAUCGGAACGAGCUUGUGGAGUCGUCGAACGCCGUCGUUCUUGCUGAGGAGAGGAAGAUUGGAGAAGCGGAGAAUCGUGAAGAGAGCGAGACGCCUCCAGAGGAUGACAUUUGUCCGAUCUGUUUCAGCUCUUUUACGGUUCCUUGUCGUGGGAAUUGUGGUCAUUGGUAUUGCGGAAAUUGUAUCUUGCAGUACUGGAACUAUGCUGCAGUAUCUAGGCCUUGUAAGUGUCCUAUGUGUGUUCGGCUCAUCACUAAGUUGUCACCAGAAGCAUCUUUGCUAGAGCGUCAGGAGCAAGAGGUUAAGGAGGUUCUUGAUAAAGUCCGUAGGUAUAACCGUCUCUUUGUUGGAGGUUUAACUGGCUUUGUUCAGAAGGUGCACGAGCUGCCUUUUCUAAUGAAGAGAAUGGUGUGGCAUAUGAUGGAUACAGAUGUGAACAAUCUCUAUUUUCACGAAGUGCGCAUCUUUGCAAUGUUCAUGAGUACCCUUUACACUGCCGCAGAGUUUAACUUCAUCCCAACGGGCGGGUUCAGAAUAGUGACAGUUUUUGACUAUGCUGCCAUAGCUAUGAUCCUGAUUCUGCGCUUAGUAGGGAUCUAUCGGAGGAGACGCCUUGCUCAGCAGGUUAGACAUCUAGCAGCUGCAGUAAUCGAGGAGGAGCCGGAAAGAGAUUUAAGGGAAAAAUAGUAACAGACAAGUGAAUUUUAUGAAGUCUUGUGCAGUUUGAUCCUUGUGGAUAUGAAUGGUAGAUCAUAGAAACCUCGAGUUUGUGCAGUUUAACAUAGAAUAAGAUUCCAGAUGUUAUUACAGUAAAAAAGAAAGUGAUGGGAAAAUAGUUAUCUCUGAAAAAAGUUUUAAUCUUAAAAGGAUCUUGGUUAGAUGAUCAAAGGGUUUGAACAAAAGAGUAGAAGUGAAUAUUCUAAAAGAGAGUGAUGAUGAGUGGUCUAUGUAAAGUUGCAGAUUUAAAAUUUUAGCUUCGAAAUUUCCAUC